AUGGAGCUGUCGGAUAUCUCUUUCCCCAUCCCCGCCGCCGACGACUUCUACGACGACCCCUGCUUCAACACCAGCGACAUGCACUUCUUCGAGGACCUGGACCCUCGGCUGGUCCACGUGGGCCUCCUGAAGCCGGACGAGUGCUCCUCCUCCUCCCCUUCCUCCCCGUCCUCCCCUUCCUCCUCCUCCACCUCCUCCUCCUCCCUGCUGCACCUCCAUCACCGAGCAGAGGCUGUGGAGGACGAGGAGCACGUCCGGGCCCCCAGUGGACACCACCAGGCCGGUCGCUGCCUGCUGUGGGCCUGCAAAGCCUGCAAGAGGAAGACCACCAACGCGGACCGGAGGAAGGCGGCCACGAUGCGUGAGCGCCGGCGGCUCGGGAAGGUCAACGACGCCUUCGAGACCCUGAAGCGGUGCACGUCGGCCAACCCCAACCAGAGGCUGCCCAAGGUGGAGAUCCUGCGCAACGCCAUCAGCUACAUCGAGUCCCUGCAGUCUCUGCUGCGAGGAGGAGGAGGAGGAGGAGGAGGAGGAGGAGGAGGAGGGCAGGACGACGGCUUCUACCCGGUGCUGGAGCACUACAGCGGGGACUCCGACGCCUCCAGCCCGAGAUCCAACUGCUCCGACGGCAUGACGGAUUUUAACCCGACCUGUCAAUCAAACAGGAGAGGAAGUUAUGACAGCUCUUAUUUCUCUGAGACCCCAAACGGCGGUCUGAAGAGUAACCGGAGCUCGGUGGUCUCCAGCCUGGACUGCCUGUCCAGCAUCGUGGAGCGGAUCUCCACCGACAACAGCAGCCUGCUGCCGGCCACCGACGGCCCCGGAGCCCCGCAGACCGACCCCAACACCACAGGCCCCGAGCCAGCGGCCCCGGGGCCCCUCCAGACCCCCUCCUCCACCGCCAACCAGGACCCCAACCUGAUCUACCAAGUCCUAUAG